AUGGCAUCCAGCGGCCUCCUCCCCUCCUUCGUGGCCGCCAUCCAGGCCUCCCUCUCCGUCCUCCUCGUCAUAUCCUACGGCGGCAUCGCUGCGCACCUCGGCCUCCUCGACUCGAAGAACGGCAAAGCCAUCUCCAAAAUCAGCGUCAAAAUGUUCCUGCCCGCGCUGCUCCUCGUGAAGCUCGGGCAAGAGAUGCACGCCGGCGCCGCGCACCGCUACCUGAUCGUCGUCAUCUGGGCGGUGCUCGCGCACGUCGUCAGCUUUCUGAUUGGCAUCGCGGCGCACGUGGUUUUAGGGAUGCCGGAUUGGAUUACGUGCGCGAUUAUGUUUAACAACACGACGAGCUAUCCCCUGCUGCUGAUCCAAAGUCUAGAUCAGACGGGGAUUUUGGGAACGCUUGUAGGGAAGGGGGAUACCACGGGGGCGAUGAUUGAGCGCGCAAAGAGCUACUUCUUGGUGUUCAGCACGAUAAGCAGUUGUCUGACGUUUGCGGUGGGGCCGAGGCUGAUUGAUACGGAAAAUGCGCCGGAUAGCGAUGAGGAGGAUCGCGGGUCCUCGAGUAGUUGUGGGAUCUUGACAGAUCCGGAGGAGGGGCCAGCUGAUGUGGAGAAUGGAGAAGAGCCGAGUGAGAGGACAGGGCUGCUAAGUGUGGGCGCAAGGAGAGGCAGAGCGGAUCGGGCAAGGCAUGCGAGCGUGGCGAGCAUCACGUUCUUCCCGUCGAAGCCGAAAUUUACGACGGUGAAGCGCAGGCCAAGAUAUAUCCCGCAUUUGAGGUGGAGUGAGCUGGGCCCCAGGACCAAGUGGUGGCUCCUCUUCUUGUACGACUUCUUGAAUGCGCCACUUAUAGGGGCGGUACUAGGCGCUAUUAUCGGCCUCGUGCAUCCGCUCCACAAAGUGUUCUUCAGCGACAUGACGGACGGAGGUGUGUUCACUGCUUGGCUCACAGAGAGCUUCAAGAGUCUGGGCCAACUGUUCGUCCCGCUCCCGCUGGUGGUGGCCGGUAUCUCGCUCUAUUCGGCAUACCAGGAGUCGAGGCACGCUUCUGGGAGUAGUCCAGUCGCGCAAGUGCCGUGGCUCACAACUGCAUUCAUAUUGAUGGUGCGCUUCGUUGUCUGGCCAGUGCUCUCUAUAGGCGCGAUAUACGGGAUUGCAAAGAACGAGGGCAAGGGAGGCCUUUUGGGCGACGAUCCGAUGCUGUGGUUUACGAUGAUGCUGAUGCCAACUGGCCCUCCGGCCAUGAAGCUCAUAACGAUGGUCCAGGUCUCAGAUGCAGGUGUGGAGGAUGAGCAGCGCAUGGCCAAGAUCUUGACCAUCAGUUAUGUUGUCUCUCCGGUACUGGCUUUCACGGUGGUGGGGGCGCUGAAGGCGAGCGAAGCGGCAAUAUAA